UAUACAAUCCUUUUGUCAUUCCAAAGGCUUGGAGUAGUUUACGGUCGUUUGAGUACUGCUCCUUUAUAUGUCUUUGGUUCAAUCCCUCCAAAGGAUUUCAAAUCAGAAGAAAGUGUCUAUGAAUACUUCUCCUUUAUCUUUUGGACUUUGACCAUUGUUUCGUUAGUGAAGUAUGCCUUCAUAGUACUGAAAGCUGAUGAUGAUGGAGAGGGUGGUACUUUUGCUUUGGACUCGUUAUUGUGUAGGCAUGCAAAAGUUGGCCUGCUCCCCAAUGAUAAAAGUGCUAAUGACGUUAUGCAUUAUGAGGCGGGAAGUCCUUUCAGGACCAAGGUGGAAUCAAGAGCCCGAAGGGCUAUUGCGAAGCAUAAGUGUAGUCACUACUUGAUGCUGUUCUUGGCACUGUUUGGUUCUUGCAUGAUAAUAGGCGAUGCAGUGCUUGCUCCAGCUAUUUCUGUUUUAUCAGCUUCAUCAGGCCUUCAACGAUCAUUACCAUAUAUCAAAUUUUCCUCUUCCCAUGAAACAGACGAGUCCAUGUCUAAAAAGUUAAAGAAAUAUGUGUCUGUGCCUUGCGCUUGUGCCAUAUUGGUCUGCCUUUUCACAAUGCAACACUAUGGGAGCCAUAAAAUUGGGUUCAUAUUUGCUCCAAUAGUCAUUCUAUGGCUCUUGCUUAUCGGUGGAGUGGGUAUAUAUAACAUUGUGCACUGCGAUCCAAAAAUCAUAUGUGCAAUCCCAACAUACAUGUACAAGUUUGUAAAAAAUACUAGCGUGGAGAGUUGGAGGGCAUUGGGAAGUGUCAUUCUCUGUGUAGCAGGAUCAGAGGCAAAGUUUGCUGAUCUGGGUCAUUUCUCGAUGAAAUCAAUCAAGAUGAUAUUUAUCAGCUUGAUCUACCCAUUUCUUAUUUUAUGUUAUGCGGGUCAAGCAGCAUUCAUCUCCCAUACACUCUCCCCAAAGAACUACUCUGAUGUUCCCGAAGAUUAUAAUCAUCUUUAUAAAUCUGUACCUGAACAUGUUCACCAUGUCUUCAUAAUUUUAUCUCUACUUGCUUCUGCUACUGGAAGCCAGGCGACCAUAACAGCUUGUUUUUCCAUUAUAAGCCAGUGCCAUGCACUUGGUUGUUUCCCCAGAGUCAAAGUUAUUCAUACAUCGAGUAAGAUACAUGGGCAGGUUUAUAUUCCAGAUGUCAACUGGAUACUAAUGGUUCUUAGCAUUGGUGUUACUAUAGGUUUCCAUGACACUGUUCGAAUUGGAAAUGCAUCAAGUAUGGCUUUAGUCUCUGGCAUGCUUGUAACAACUUGUCUAAUGUCACUUGUGAUUGUUCUGUUCUGGGAAAAGAGUUUGCUGAUAUCUGCUUGCUUAAUGUUCUUUGGCUCCAUUGAGGCCAUGUAUCUAUCAUCCAGCAUGUUAAAUUUUCACAAGGGAGCUUGGUACCUAGUUGUUCUUUUGGUCCUGUCCAUGACUGUCAUGGUUGCAUGGCAUUAUGGAACAAUGAAGAAAAACGAGUUUGACUUAGAAAACAAGCUGUCCAUGGAAUGGCUUACAAAUCUUAGCCCAGGUCUUGGAGUUUCCAGGGUACCUGGAAUUGGCUUUAUAUACACAGACAUAGUGACAGGAAUCCCAGCUUUUUUCUCCCAUUUCAUCACAAACCUCCCUGCCUUUUAUCAAGUGCUGAUUUUUGUGUCCUUCAAGUCUCUACCAGUUCCUUUUGUUUCCCCAGAUAGGUGGUAUCUUAUCGGCAGAGUUGGACCUAGAGAAUAUAAAAUCUACCGAUGCAUUGUACGGUAUGGAUAUUGUGAUCAUAUCAGGGACACAGACGACUUUGAGGAACAGAUCAUUGGCUCGAUUGGAGAGUUUAUUUCAUUGGAAGAGCAUGAUUUUGAGUCCUUGAUGUCGCCUGAGGGAAGAAUGAUUGUUGUUGGAAGACAUUUGCCCGAAGAGAGUGCUCUAAUGUCCUUACACGAUACCUGCCUAAGUAUGUGAGGCGCAGGCUCAGCCAAUGCAGAACCUCAGAUGAAUGUGACGAGUCCAGUGCAUGAUGCAGAUAACGAAGGCAAGAGGACAAAGAAGGUUCAGUUUAUGCUGCCUACUACUAGUCCAAAAAUGCGUGUGCUUGUGAGGGAGGAGCUACAAGAAUUAAUUGACGCCAGGGAGAGCGGCACUGCAUAUUUCUUGGGCCAGUCACAUUUAGCAGUACGCAAUGGCUCAAACUUACUCAAGCAAUUCCUCAUCAUGACCUAUGUUUUCUUUGACAAAAAUUGUAGAGAGCCCCAUGUGGCAUUAAACAUUCCUCAUCCAGCUUUUGUGGAGGUCGGUAUGGUCUGCACUAUAUAA